AUGGCGACUCAAGGCCCAAUAACCACUCCCCUAACCGCGUUACUCGGUAUCAAACAUCCUAUAAUCCUCGCCGGCAUGGCUCGUACAUCUGGCGGUCCACUUGCAGCUGCAGUCAGUAAUGCAGGUGGAUUGGGAUGUAUAGGAGGAUUAGGAUACACACCUCAACAACUCCGCGAGAUAAUCCACUCCCUCAAAGCCAACCUAUCAGACCCCUCUCUCCCCUUCGGCGUCGAUCUCGCUCUCCCCAAAGUAGGCGAGGGCGCUCGCGCCACAAACCACGAUUAUACCCACGGCCAACUCGAUGCGCUUAUCGACGUGACCAUCGAAGAAGGCGCACGACUAUUCAUAUCCGCUGUUGGGAUUCCGCCUCCACACGUCAUAAAACGGUUGCACGAUGCUGGGAUUCUCGUGAUGAAUAUGGUUGGCGCUCCGAAACAUACUGUGAAAGCUUUGGAUGCGGGGGUUGAUAUUGUGUGUGCGCAGGGAGGAGAGGGCGGCGGACAUACGGGGGACAUCCCGAAUAGUAUUCUGAUACCGGCGGUGGUGGAUGUGGCGCGGAAAUAUAAACCCGCGAUGUUGAAGGGAGAGACGGCGUUGGUUGUUGCGGCGGGAGGGAUCUAUAAUGGGAGGGGUUUGGCGAGUAGUUUGAUGCAGGGGGCGUGUGGAGUGUGGGUGGGAACGAGGUUUGUCGCGAGUGAGGAGGCGGGGUGCAGUAGGAUUCAUAAGGAAGAGGUAGUUAGUGCGAGGUUUGAAGAUACGUUGAGGACGUUAGUUGUGUCGGGGAGACCGUUGAGGGUUAAGAUGAAUGAUUAUAUACAAGCCUGGGAAUCCCAACCGGCCAAAAUCAAAGAAUUAACUCAGAAAGGUAUCACGCCCCUCGAAUACGAUAUGGAGCAGGGAAAAGACGUAGAUAUUCCGCAUUUGAUGGGGGUGGUGGCGGGGGUGAUUGAGGAUAUUAAACCGGCGGGUGUUAUUGUGGAUGAGAUGGUUGGCGAGGCGGUGGAGAUGUUGAGGAAGGCGGAUGGGUUUUUGAGUGCGGGGGUGGGGAAGGCGGGGAAGAGUAAAUUGUGA